UUGGCUAAAACCAGUGCUUUUGAGUCCACUCCUAAUAGAAAUCUCUUUGUGACUAGCUUGACAAAAGUAAGCUGAAGCCUGGGACGAGGGUUGCUCUGGAUAUGACCACUCUGACCAUUAUGAGAUAUUUGCCAAGGGAAGUGGAUCCACUGGUUUAUAAUAUGUCUCAUGAAGAUCCAGGGGAUGUCUCAUAUUCUGAGAUUGGAGGGUUGUCAGAACAAAUCAGAGAGCUGAGAGAGGUCAUAGAACUGCCACUUACAAACCCAGAAUUAUUCCAGCGUGUGGGAAUUAUACCUCCAAAAGGCUGCCUGCUGUAUGGCCCCCCUGGUACAGGGAAGACACUGUUGGCCAGAGCUGUUGCUAGCCAGCUUGAUUGUAACUUCCUAAAGGUGGUGUCUAGUUCUAUAGUGGACAAGUACAUAGGUGAAAGCGCUCGACUGAUCAGAGAGAUGUUCAAUUAUGCCAGAGACCAUCAGCCAUGCAUCAUUUUCAUGGAUGAGAUAGAUGCCAUUGGUGGUCGCCGUUUUUCUGAAGGCACUUCAGCUGAUAGAGAAAUUCAGAGGACUCUGAUGGAGUUAUUGAAUCAAAUGGAUGGAUUUGAUACUCUGCACAGAGUUAAAAUGAUCAUGGCUACUAACAGACCAGACACACUGGAUCCUGCACUUCUGCGGCCUGGAAGAUUGGAUAGAAAAAUCCAUAUUGAUCUACCAAAUGAACAAGCCAGAUUAGAUAUUUUGAAGAUUCAUGCAGGUCCUAUCACUAAACAUGGUGAAAUAGAUUAUGAAGCAAUUGUGAAGCUUUCAGAUGGCUUUAAUGGAGCAGACUUGAGAAAUGUCUGUACUGAAGCAGGUAUGUUUGCAAUCCGUGCUGAUCAUGACUUUGUAGUUCAGGAAGACUUCAUGAAAGCUGUAAGGAAAGUGGCUGAUUCCAAGAAGCUGGAGUCCAAGCUUGACUACAAACCUGUUUAAGUUAACCGUGUAAUCCGUGACUGACUGCACAGGGCCUACUGGGUUAAUAUAUCACAAUAGAUAAAUAAUGUACAUCGUGGUUAUUAUCACAAAGCAUUCGUGUUACAUGUGGCUAGUAACUUGAUAAGACUAGUUGCAAGUUGGCUACAGAUAUUUUCUGUACAGUUCUGAAAAACAAUAUAGUCCAGGUUAAGUGAAAUGUGUGGAUUCUCUUGCCAAGUAUUGUGUGAAUUUAUAAAUGUGCCUGGAUGGAUUAGCAGACUUCAAGAAAGUCAAUUCAUUUCUUGACUUUUUUUAUAUCAAUACAUUUCCCCAAACAGUUGAAUAAAAUUUGUUUAAAUCAGCUUA